UCGUCAAUUCGUAAGUAUUUGGUAAAGGAUAGGUCCAACAACUGCUUUGACGCACCUUCUUAACUUUCCAAAUACGCAUCACAAUACAGUGAUCAUUUUCAGUUUUCUAGAUAAAAACAGCUUCUAUUUCUUUCAUUAGGCUGUUAUCGGAUCUUAUUUCUAGAAUGGGUCAAAAUCAGUCUCAAAUUUUUGAGGAUUUAAUUUCCAACUCUACGUUUACAAACGAAGAAAUAGCUAGAAUCAGAAAGCGUUUCAAGAAGAUAGAUGCCAACCAUUCUGGUUCAAUUGACAGAAAUGAGUUUUUGUCUAUCCCUAGCAUCGCGAAUAAUCCUCUAGCUUCACGAUUAUUUUCAGUUGUUGAUGAAGAUGGCGGUGGAGAUGUUGACUUUCAAGAGUUCAUUAACAGCCUUUCGGUCUUCUCUAUUCAUGGUAAUAAAGAAGAAAAGCUUCGAUUUGCUUUCAAAAUCUACGACAUUGACCGGGAUGGAUAUAUUUCCAACGGAGAGCUGUUUUUAGUUUUGAAGAUGAUGGUUGGAAAUAAUCUUCGCGAGGACCAACUUCAACAAAUUGUUGACAAGACAAUCAUGGAAGUCGAUAAGGAUUGCGAUGGAAAAAUCAGUUUCGAAGAGUUCAAGCAAGUGGUCAGUAAUUCGAAUGUCACCAGCAGUAUGACCUUAAGCUCUUUUUGAUUCCGUUUUCCUGUUUUUCCAUGUUUAUAUGUAUGAUUUGUUGCAUAAAGUCUUCGGUUUUUGGAGCUCUUAUUCUUUCCAUUCAAAUUCGAUUCCGCCGCAUUUCAUUAGUCUUAAUAUUCUGUUUCCCUUCACACCCUCUUUAUUAAAAAGCUUGCAUCUAUAUUUUUUUUCUCAUUUUUUCUUUUUUUUUUCUCUAGGUUUUUCUUCUAUUAUUUUUGCACGAGCUCUUCUGAUUCCUAAGUAAAUGAGUUAUACGGCUUUUAAAGCUACAGUUACGUUUUCCAUUCUCGUCACAGCCUUUGAUUUGGACUGCAGAACACUUUUUUUACUAGAUUUAUGAUUAUUCCCUCAAUUAUAAAAAUAAAAAAAAAGGAAGAAUCCUUUCGGGCUUAGUGAAACUAGUCAGUAGUAUUAAUUCAUGAAAUGUUAAUAUUAUUUUUAUUUACCA